AUUACAUAUAUUUUAGUAACGAUUCUAUAUUGGACUAAAAAUGAAGCUAUUCAUCUUCGCUAUUGUUGCUACGGUUGCACUCAGCGCCUACGUAGAAGCAAAUCCACAACGAGCACGCCCGCAAACUUUGGUGUACUACCCGCCACCAACACGCCCACCACGUCCCAUCUUGGUGCGUGUGGCACGUGAAGUUGGGGUUGGCGGCUCCUUGGCGAGUAAUCCACGUGGUGGCGCCGAUGCACGGUUGGACAUUGCCAAGGCAAUUGGCGAUCCUAACCACAAUUUAGUCGCUGGCGCUUUUGCUGCUGGAAAUACCGAUCGCGGUCCAGUUACCACUGGCGGUUCGUUGGCAUACAAUAACAACGGUUUUGGCGCCGCCCUUUCGAAAACUCACACUCCUGGUGUACGCGAUACAUUUACGCAAAGCGUCAAUGCGAAUCUCUUCAACAACGGCCAGCACAGUUUGGAUGCCAAUGCGUUUAAGUCACAGAAUACACUCGCCAACGGUUUCAAGUUCGAUCGAAACGGCGCCGGUUUGGAGUACUCCAAUAUCAAUGGUCAUGGUGCUAGUAUCACCAAAAGCACUAUCCCUAAUUUCGGCAGUCAAUUGGAGUUGGCCGGUAAAGCUAAUCUGUGGUCUUCACCGGAUCGUAAUACGCGCAUCGACUUAACUGGCAGCGGUUCGAAAUGGACAAGUGGCCCACUGAGUGGACAGCGCGACUACUUCGGCGGUGUGGGUCUCACACACAUGUUCGGUUAAGAGAGAGAGGGUGAAAGAGAUGGAGGAUGGGAGAAGAUAAGUAGUAGAUAGUAAAAAGUUCCUGAUGCAUUUAGAAGUAUUUAGUAUGUGAAUUGGCAUGUAAGAAUUAAGUAAAUUACAAAAAUAUAUUUAUUUUUCGGUGAAAUAAACAUAACAAAAUUAAAAA